AUGGUGCAGAUCAAGUAUCAACGAGGCUUUGGCAACCACUUCAUUUCGGAAGCCAAGCCGGAUAGCUUGCCCAAAUUUGGUCACUCUCCUCAAAAGGUCAACCACGGUCUCUACGCGGAACAGCUCAGCGGAACCGCCUUCACUGCUGCUCGUGCAAAAAAUCAGCGAUCAUGGCUGUACCGCAUUCGACCAUCUGUCAACCACGAACCUUUUCAACGGUACAAGCAGGAACGUGUCCUCGCAUCCUUCCACGCUCAUUCGCCAGAUAUUCACCCGACACCGCAGCAGUUGCGAUGGGAUCCGCUCGUCGAGCAUGGGCCCAAAGACGUCGACUUUGUCGAUGGCUUGGUCACCUUGGCAGGUGCCGGUGAUACCCACCUCAAGAACGGUAUUGCCAUCCACACUUACACUGCCACAAAGGGGAUGCGCCGCCGCAGCUUCUACAACUCGGACGGCGACCUCCUCAUCGUACCCCAGCGAGUACCUUUGCUGAUCAAGACCGAGUUUGGUCUGCUCCACGUGCCGCCUCUUCACAUCGCCGUCAUCCAGCGAGGCAUCAAGUUCUCGGUCGACUUUGACGCUGCUGACUCGGUCUCCAUCUCAAACCCAGCCUUCGGUUACAUCUGCGAGACGUUCAAGGGUCAUUUCGAGUUGCCUGAUCUCGGAGCCAUUGGCGCAAACGGUCUUGCAAACCCAGAAGAUUUUGAAACACCCACGGCUCUCUACCAAGACACGACCGACAACUGGACUGUCAUCAACAAGUUUAUGGGUCGUUUCUUCUCCUACAAUCAAACUCAUUCACCUUACGACGUCGUGGCCUUCUCCGGAAACUACGUUCCUUACCGCUACGAUCUGACCAAAUUCAACACCAUCGGUUCUAUCUCGUACGACCAUCCUGAUCCCUCCAUCUUCACCGUUCUCACAUGUCCCACCGACACGCACGGAACGGCAGUCUGUGACUUUGUCAUCUUCCCUCCUCGAUGGCUGGUAGCAGACGACACCUUCCGCCCACCUUACUUCCACCGAAACUGCAUGUCUGAAUUUAUGGGCAACAUUGUUGGCGUAUAUGAUGCAAAAGCAUCCGGAUUUGUACCAGGCGGCGCUAGCUUGCACAACAUGAACUCUGCUCACGGUCCAGAUGCAGAGACUUUCGAUAAGGCCUCGAACGCUCCUUUGAAGCCAGCCAAAGUGGGUGAGGGAAGUAUGAGUUUCAUGUUCGAGUCGGCUUAUCAGCUCGCAACGACCAAGUACGCUAUUGAAGAGAGCGGCAAAGUACAGCAAGACUAUUGCAAGGCAUGGGCCGAUCUCAAGAAGAACUUCAAAGAGUAA